AUGCUGAGAUCGUUGUUGCCUCGCUCGAAACUGGCCUCGAACGUCGUCUCUCACCAUCAUGUCGCACCAUCGACCGUCAUCCGUCGCGCCUCGUCGUGCUUGAGCCGAUCGGCGACCACUUCGCACCCGCUCCUCGUCGCGGCCACCGUCGCGAUGGGCACUUCUUCGCGCUCUUUCCACGCCGCAAGACGUGCGUUCACUCGUACUGCACAUCCUCGUGAUCUCGGCUCUCUGCGCUAACAAGCGGAUCUGAUCCUCACAGCAACCUCGCAUGGAGGAAAGGGCCGACCCAAGGAUGGGCAAGGGCAAGUCACACCAUGCUCGUCCGCUUCAUGCAUUGUGUUUUCCUGCCCGGAAACUUACGUUGUCUUCUCAUCGCCACGACCGCAGCAUCACGUUGCACUUCAAGAAGCCCAACGGAGAGAUCGAGACCGUGCAAGCCAAUGAGGGCGACGACAUUGUCGACAUAUCGUGGGAAUACGAUCUCGACAUCGAAGGUACAUUCUGAGCGCGCAUGUACGCAUCACGCUACACUAUAGGAUGGCUGACCCCAUUCUCACCCGUCCGUCUUCCCCACAAAAUUUGUUCACCGACUCCCUCGCGAAUCAACCUCAUGGCACUGACAGCUGCCUGCGAGAAAUCGGUUGCCUGUUCGACAUGUCACGUCAUACUCGAGGACGACGUCUACGACAAGCUCGAGGAGCCCUCUGACGACGAGGUACGCCUGCGAACGCUUCUUCUGUCUAUGCAGGAACCAACGUGCUGACCACAUGCGUUCGAUCAUUUCCGGCGAACAGAAUGACAUGCUGGAUCUCGCUUUCGGCCUGACAGAUACGUACGUUGCUUACAAGCCGACAGGGCAGACUUCGCGGUGCCCGAGGAUCCAGCUUGGCAUCUGACCUAGCCUUCUUCUAUUCGGUUCUCUCACAGAUCACGCCUGGGAUGUCAGAUCAAAGUGACCAAGGACUUUGACGGCACAACCAUCACGUUGCCGAGCGCAACGAGGAAUCUCCGAGUCGAUGGUCAGUCCCUGAACGCCUGCCCCAUUCUAAACCAUCUCCAGAAAGCUGAUCAUAUGGUGCAUCCACAGGCUCCAAACCGACACCUCAUUGAUCCAGCGCCUACUGCUCUGUUGUAGAAUCAAGAACAAAACGGAAACGGUCGAAUGGUUCCCCGCUACAGGAUCACGCGUUGCAUUUGCUAUUCGAUCGAGACAUCUGCUUUGCAUAACGACAGUCCCUAUUGCUUGUCUUCAAAGUCUUUUUCGCACUCCUCAAUGCUCCACUUUGCGAUCGGCAUGACUUCCAACGGAUCGAGUCGGCCACGCCGUAAGCGGGACAAGCCAACGUUAGCGAUCAUGGCCGCGUUGUCUAGAGUGUGAAGCCAACGACACCGCAGUAGGGUUUUUUCGGGUUUCAUCAGCGUCUGAAGCAGAAAAACAAGGUUCAUGGCAUCGAGUCCGGACUGACCCGUGCAUAAGCUAGGGGGCGGAAAGACGAGUUCGAUAUCUUGGCGAUCCAAAUCGUCCAGUCUCUCUCGCAACCUGUCAAGAUCCCAAGAAAAGACUUAUCAGCACACAGACUGCACAACAUCUUCUGUGCGCAGUUGACUGACUUUGUCCGGAGAUACGAAUUACUCGCGACUCCGCCGCUCACGACCAAGUGCUUCACGUCGCGCAUCCCCCGGGGCUCUUGCAUGCCCAAAGCCAAGGCGACCUUGUCUUCGACUUGUUUGACCGUGGCUUGCAUGAACGACCUGGCCAAGAGCCUCUUCCUCCCUUCUUCCAUACCCGGAUCCUCGGCGAUGAUGCGAUCCAGUUGCGAGCGAGCACCGGAGAAGGAGAAGGCCAGUUGGCGGGGAAAAGGCUGCGAGAAAUGA